CAGUCUGUUCUUCUCAGUCUGGCCUCAGUCCAAAACCACACCUGCUGCAGCCUGACAAGCAGAAAGUUCCUCCCACUGUCACACACAGACGACUAUCAGAGAAAACGAAAUUGAAUCCUAUCAGUGUUCGUGGUAAAAUGGCAGAAGCCAGAGUUGCAGUGGAUGUAAACGAGUUCAGUUGUGCAAUAUGUCUGGAUUUACUAAAGGAUCCAGUGACUAUUCCCUGUGGACACAGUUACUGUAUGAGCUGCAUUAAGAACUGCUUGGAUCAGGAGGAUCAUGCUGGAGUUUACAGCUGCCCCCAGUGCAGACAGACCUUCAUACCCAGACCUGUUCUGAACAGAAACACCAUGCUGGCUGAAGUGGUGGAGAAACUGAAGAAGACUCGACUACAAGCAGCUGCUCCUGCUGACCAGUAUGCUGGACCUGGAGAUGUGGAGUGUGACGUCUGUACUGGGAGAAAACACAAAGCUGUCAAGUCCUGCCUGGUGUGUCUGGCCUCCUACUGUGAAACUGACCUGCAGCUUCACAAUAAACUCCACCAUGCAAAACAGCACAAGCUCAUUGAUGCCACCGGCCAUCUGAAGGACAAGGUCUGUUCCCACCAUGACAAACCCCUGGAGGUCUACUGCCGUACCGACCAGCAGUGUAUCUGUUAUCUCUGUACGAUGGAUGAACACAGAGGCCAUGAUACAGUCUCAGCUGCUACAAGAAGGGCGGAGAUACAGAAACAAAUGGGUGAAACACAGAGGGAAUUUCAGCAGAGAAUUCAGAUGAGAGAGAAGGAGCUGCAGGAGCUGAGAGAUGCUGUGGCCUCAUUCACAGUGAGUAUAAACCUGAGGAGAAGAUAAGAGCUGGCUUGUGAUCAUAUUGAUUCUUCUUUCUGAUUCAACAGAUUGCAGAUUUACAGACUUCCACGGAUUAAUCAAAUUAAUGCUGCUCUGGGUUAUUCUGGGUCAGUGGGAUAAAGUUGCUGGAUUACAGAGUUUAACCAAGUCUUGCAGCUGUCACGAUCGCUGACAGGCGAUCGUGCGGGUAGGCAGGUAAGGAGCAGGCAAACAGGCAGAAAUCGGGGCAAAACUCAGGGUUUAUUGUAGACUAGGGAGCAGGAGACACUUAUCCACACCAUAACCACAGCUAACCACACCAUAACCACAAUGACGGACAAGGGAGACAAGCAAGACUAGGACUUUAAUAGGACAAGACCGAUUACUUUAAUCGGACACAGCUGGAGACGAUCAGGGAGGCACACGUGGGUAAUCAGGGGGCGUGGCACAC